AUGAUUAUUGGUGCUAACAGGUACGAUAUGGAGUCGAAGUUGGUGUUUGCAAAAGAACUUGCAGCGAAACCCUUAGAGAGCUUGAUUACAGAAAUCAACAACAAUCUACUUCCAAUCAUCGUGAAAUUUAAUGGAUUGCAGUUCUGGGUCCCUUUAUUGAAUAGAUUUGAUGAGAUAUUGAAAGAUCAGGUGGAAAAGUAUGGUCUAUCUGAACAGUUUCCUAAGUUGCACGAAAUAUCGAGCGAUGAUGACCAUAUCAUCGUCUCAGUAUUGAAAUUCACAGAAAUUUUGUUGAACCACUGUUCUGGCAAAACAUUAUACAGCUCUCACGAUAGACUUUUCGAUAUACUCAUGUGCUCAAGUGUGAAUGUAAAAUAUCAUGUGUUACGAAUCAUCACUUUGAUCGCCAAUAGAAUUGCGAAAAGAAAAUCAUUGGAUAUCUUCAUUCCCUACCGUGUUAAAGGCAUGUUGGCGCUUUUAUCAACUUGUGUCCCAGCAUAUUCCCGACACUCAGAAAAGAACGAUGAACGGUAUGAUUUAUUGGAUAUUUUGAAAAAUGAAAAAAAGAUACCGUCUAAAUGGAGCAGACUAGAGUUUCAAUACUUCAAAUCAUCUUCCGAGUCACAUUCACAUUCCCUCACCAGUGACCCAGAACGUCAAGCCUCAUCGAAAACCUAUAAAGCAAAGAAUAAGGCCCAAAAACGCGAUGCAACCGCGACUCCUCAACAAUCCAAAUCCAAAAAGCUUGGGAAGAAGAAAUCGCAAAAGCAAACGGUUGUUGUUGAUGGUCUCUGUAAUUUCAAUUUAUCUCAAGAAGAGCUCCAAAAAUUAUCAAUUCAACAAAUUUACGAUAAAGCCUCUAAAAUAAUCCCUUUCACAUAUUUACCAAAGUUUUCUGUCCAGUUGAGUGUGGCCAAAUCAUUUAAUAGCCAGUCCUUCGAUUGCUUGCAGUUAAGAGAAAAAUGGGUACAAGUCAAGAUCAUUGCUCACUCAUGUAAUAUGUUGAUAAACAAUUCACGUUCUCUUGCGGAUGAACAAGAGAUGGCUGAAAAAGAUUUGAAGAUUAUUUCUUCAAUAAUUGAACUAAUAAAACCGCAAAACCAAGAAACCAUCAACCCGAAUGUAUAUGCCGACUCUAUGUUUACGCUUGCUGCUAUUUCUGGUAAAAGAGAGUUUAGAAAUGAAUUGUUGAAAUUGUUGAGCGGAAAUGUUAGUCAUGGGUUAUUAUUUCAAAUUUUGAAAUCUAUCCAAAGUACAGUGAAGGUUAGUGACGAGACUAUUUCUGUUAAGGAGCUCAGUUUGCAGGAUAACAAAUUUGAAGAAACAAAAAGGGCAUAUGUAUGGUUUUUGCAGGUAGUUGAGAAUUUGUCUGACCUUAAAGUUUUGGGUACCACGUUGGUCUCUGCUGGUUUAUUGAACCAAUUGAUGGAGUUCUUACCAUUGAGAUCCGAAAAGUAUAAGGGAAUAAUUAUCUGUGCGAUUAGUAUCCUCAAGUCAAUAGUAACAUCGAAUUUGCGAAAUUUGGAUCCAUUCAUCACAAAAGAAGGAUUUCGAUUAUUAAUAGAAGCUAUUGGUGAACAAGUGGAGCAUUCUCUAAAGAGUCAAGCAUUUUUUGGAGACUUGAAUUAUAUAGAGCUCACCACAAAAAACUUCAAUUCGAAAAGAUUGGAUGAAAAUGAUCUUGGAGUUAGAGUGAUCAUGAAGGAAAGAGAUUAUGGUUAUACCAGACUGUUAAUGAAAUUUGCUUACGAAUUAAUCAGGACAGACUCUGGUGAUAGAAUGAGGAACUUUUUUGACUCCCCACUAUUAACAUCAUUUAAUAAGAUCUUAUUAAAUGCCAAGAUAUUCAACCCAAAGAUUCUCACAAGCGUAUUAGGUACUAUCACAACUAUCAUUCAUAAUGAACCCACUUCUUUCCCGAUUUUGUUAGAGUCCGGAACUAUUGAUACUGUUUUGGAUAAUGUGGAGUCUUUAUUUUUGCCUGAUGGUUAUUUGAUAUUAUCUCUUCCAGAAAUUAUGGGAUCCUUUUGUUUAAAUAAGACUGGUUUACAAAAAGUCCAAGAAACUGGCGUUAUUACCAAGUUCUUUGAAACCUUCAGAAAUGUUAAGAUUGCAAAGGUAUUGGUCAAUGAUGAAAUUUCAACAGCAAUAGCUUCUGCAUUCGAUGAAUUGGGCAGACAUUAUUCUGACUUGAAACCUGAAAUUAUAAAAGCUACCAAUGAAUUAAUCACUCUGAUACCGGGAUUGGUUUCACCUAGAAUGAAGGGUGUAGAGUUUUAUAAGUCUCCUAGAAAGAAGAGUUUAUAUUAUGAUGAAAAUGAGCCGGUAGAUUACCAAGAAGACGGAUUUGGCACAUUAGUUGAAGAUGUGGAGGAUGAUUUAUUUAUUAUGGAAAAUGCUGCCAACUUCAUUUAUACUGCAAUUUUUGAAAGUCAUAUUUGGAGCGGAAUUUAUGAGGAAGUUAAAAAUGGCUCACUUGAGUUCGAGAAAUGGUUGCCUUUCUUAAUUUACAACCGUGCGCCAUAUGAUCACUUGAAUUCUAGUUUUUAUUUUUCCAUUCUUUCUACUGUCAAGGAAUUGGAAGAACAAAAUAAGGGAUAUGGCUUUGACAUCCUAUUCUCAAAAGUGUAUUCCCUUCUUACUGACCCAGAGAUAAGGGCCUUUAUUGACUAUGAAAAUCAAUCUGGUCUUACUUUCUUUUCUACGUUUGAUAACAAUAAUGUUGAUGACAAUAGUAGUUCGAGCUUCAUGAGAAAAUUCAAUGAGUUGAAUAUUGGAUUACAUUCUUUGGUUGAAAUAUACAUGUUUCCUGAGAGCCAGCAUCCUCAAAGAACUGCCGCCAUCUCUAAGGUUCUUGCAAAGCCUGAAGGGUUGGAAUUCGUUAGCCUUCUUUCCAAGUUAUAUCAUAGAACGGUUAUCGAAGAGAUUUUGAUCAGGGAAAAAUUGCCAGUGCAAGUUGCUCAGAUUUCUUUGCCCUCGAGCCAGUCAUUGUAUGCUCCUCAAAUUGUUCUUAAAUCCCCUAUCUAUAAUAGAGAAGUAUCUGUUAAAUUUGAAAAGACAAGUCCAAAGUUUAAGAAUACGGAACAAAUUAGAUGCAUCAUGGAGGAUAUUCAAUCAUCCAUCGGAACUUCUUUCAUUGUCUUGUCAAAUUCGGCGAUUCUAGCUAGUAGAACUACAAUUACUGAAGAGGUUAAAAGCCAAGUGUUGCAUAGCGCUGAAAUUAAUGAGCAUUUGGCCCUUACCCUUGUUAAUACUUUUUUCAAGUAUGAUGUGGGGAAAAUUCUAAGUCCAUUUCAAUCAAAAAACUAUUAUUUGGUGGUGCUCCAUUUGAUUGACGGCGUUUUAUCCAAGAAAGGUCCUAACUUAGGAGCUAAUCAAGCCCCAUUUGGUGUUUUUUUCAUGCAACAUGAAGGGUUUGUGAAUUUGAGAGAAUUGUGUUUGAAGUUUUGGGAAAAUGUGAAAUCAUUGACUAUUGAAGAUGCCAGAGAGUAUAGUAACAUCAUGAAUUAUCAGAAUGUAAAGUGUAAUGAUUAUUGCAUAACAAUUGCUUUUAUCCAAAGGUGCUUGAACAUUUACUCUAAGUUAUGCUCCAAAGAGCCGUACCUUCCACUAAAACAUGAUUCUGAUAUAUCAUUCAUGAAGAAAUCAUCAUUGAUAAAGGCAUUUUCACUUCAAUGUAGAAUUUCCGGCUUUGGAUUGUUAAUAAAAAUGUUUGAAGACGAAAUUGUUGAUGAUGACAUCAAUAUUAAAAAGCUCCCUGCAGAAUUAUACAAGGGUCUCAUAGCACUCUCAGAAAAGAUUUACACAACUGAAGAGACAUUGGAGGAAAAAGAUGGUGUGUUAUAUCCAUUGAAUAGACAGACUUUGGACAUUAGAGAUGAGCAAAUGAAGUACUUAAAAUCUAUCGGAUUUGAAGAAUCUUACAUUGAAUUGUUUCUCAAUGAGAAUGAGAUCACUUCUUUACCAAAAAUGAUUGAGAACGUCAACAAACCAGAAUAUAUCAGUUUAGCUUCCUGGGCAACAAUUACUGUAUCCGCUCUGUAUAAUCCAUUCAAACCUACAGUUCCAAAUGCAGUUGAUUUUCAGCUUGAAGGCGUUAGAACAGUUGGCGAUUUCUAUGAGUUGAGAAAGGAAAAGGAAAGCUUAGUCUUUGAUAGCUGGUUAUAUGUGGCGCAAAACUUUUCUAAACUUAUAGAAGAUAUUAGCAAAUUGUUCUUGAAUACUGCUAGUUCUACUUACGGUACCGAUAAUAAGUUAUCUCCCCUUUCUAACAUGAAAGAAGUUUUGUUGUCAUUUGAUUUGGAUUUCGAAAAUGCACAACAUGAUUUUAGGUUCAAGAACGUCCUUAAGUUUAUAGCGGGAUUGAUUCAGAGGGCAGAAAUUGUAAAUAAAUCUGUUGAGGUAGAAGAUAUAUUAGGAUUUUUGGAUGGUAUUAUUAAUGGGAAGUCUUCUGAUGCUGACUGGUUUGGUGGUGCGUUGGAAAUCUUUGAAAAGAUUAUGUCGACUACCUUAAUGCCUAUCUGUGAGGAAGAAUACAAGGUCAAGGUUUCUGCAAUUGAUGAUGUGUACACAGAGCCUAUUUAUCAUAUUAGUGACAAUUUAAAAGAAAGAUUUUUGGAUGCUAUUUUGAAUUGGAAAGAUAUCACUGAUCUUGAUGAUGCGUCUGCAGUUGCUCGAACCCUCGUGUUAUAUUUGCAGAAACCAGAAUACUACGGAAAGAUAUUGAACAGCCAUAUAAUCAUUUCUUUGGUGAAAAUAGUUAAACAUCAAGAAGUUGUUGACGCAAAGAAUUAUCAGUAUUUUGAUGAAGAUGAAAAUGCCGAUGACAAUGAUAAAAGAAAGAUAAAGAUCAAUGAAGAGAUGCAUGAGACCAAGUUUAGAAACUAUAAGUUGAUAUUGAACUCUCUUCUAAGACGUUGCUUUGAAACUCAGGAUGUCGUUUCGAGAAUGAUUACUAAAUUGGUUAAUGAUGUUAUAAAAUCUGGCUCAAGAGCUGACGAAUUUGGAGGUGGAAAAAAUUACAACUUAUCCAGCUUUUUGAAAGAUUAUGCUGCUGUUGUUAUCAGAGACCCAUCGACUUUCAGGGAUGUUCUUUCAUCGAAAAUUAUUUUGUCGAAUCCUCAAAAUCCCGUUUAUAGCAUGAAUGUUGCCAAAGCCCCUGAGGCGAAAACUGAUAGAAACCCAUCACGGGAUGAAACUAAUGAUCCAAAUGAUGUUGAUGCUCAAAUGAUAGACGUGUCAAUUGAAGACCAAGCUGCAAGCUCUGGCCAAGUCAAGAAGGGCGUCAAUGUAAAGCCAUCAGGUGUUAUGAAGCUUCUUUUGUCGGAAUUAAUGAGUGUUAAAUAUAAUGAUUGGAUAAUUGAUUCACCUGAUCAGAAAAUUUUAUACGAUAAACUCAAAAAAAAUUCGAAGAAAAACUUGAAAUCGGAAGAUAAAAAGGUAUUUAGAAAUCCAAAUCAUGGAUAUAUUUGUUACUUGCUUAGGGUAAUUGUGGAACUUUUAGCUUCCUACAAAGAAAGUAAACUUGAGUUUUUAACUUUUUCGAAAAGGCACGCCGUACAAAAUACUUCUUUGAAACCUCGUUCAACUGCUUUAAAUUUUUUCCUACAUCAAUUAGUUCCAACAGGAGUUUUUGAUCCUAAUCAGGGCCAUAAUGAGGUAGAAAGAAAGACGGAAGUGUUUAGAUUGGCCAAAAUUGCUGUUUUAGCGCUUCUUUCAACCGUUGAUAUCGAUGGAAUACCAAAAAAGGAUCACAGUCUGACCGUCCCUCCUAAGGAAGACCCUGAUAUGUUAUUUAUUAGAAAGUUUUCGAUUGAUAUUAUUUCUAAAGCUCUAAAGGAAUCAUGUGAAUCAAAUGAUGAUGCUUUUGCUCGUUAUGGAAAGAUUAAUAAUAUAGCUGAAAUGUGCACAGUAUUGUUGAAUCCUCACUUCAAACUUCCAGUAUUUGAUGUUGAGGCUACUGGAAAUGAUGGAUUUUUCAUUUGCAAAGCCAUGAUUGAGCGCUCUAUUCCAUCACAAAUGGCUUCAAUAUUAACAAAUAUUGAAAUGAAUUACCCUUGUCUUAGAGCCUUUUGCAGAACUGUCAUUAAAUUUUUGAAUACUAUUGGAUCUUUGAAGUCUAAUUACCAAGACUUUCUCAAAAGCUUUAGUGAUGGCGAAGAAGAAGAGCAAGUUGCUGGGGAGGAUUAUGACACUAAUGAUGAAAUCACUCAAUUGUUCAGAAAUUCUUCCUUGGGAAUGUACGACGUUGCAAGCUACAAUUCAGAAGAAGAAGUAUCAGAUGGAUAUGAUUCAGAUUCAGAUGAAAGCGGUAUCAUUGUAUAUUCAGACCUUGAAGACCAUUUAGACGAGGAUAUAGAAGAGUUUGGUGAUGAGAGUGAUAAUGGUUCUGUGAUUGAAGUUGAUGGCAGUAUAGAUGGGGAAAUUUAUGAUGAAGAUGAUGAAGGCAUGUCUCCUAUUGAAGCUGAUGAAUCCAAUGACUACGGUAGUGAAAUUGAUAGUGAUGAAGAUAUUGAAAUUGAGGAGCUAGGAUCAUUCGAUGAAGAUGAUCUUUCAAGCGAUGAUAGUGGCUCAUUUAUUUCUGACGGUGAAAUAGAGGAAUAUUCAAGUGGCGAUGACUCAAGCAUCAUUGAUGAGUGGGUAGCAGAUUAUGAAGAAGAGGAGAAUAGAAGAAAUUCUAAUGCAAGAAAUCCAACACCAGCUAAUUUGAAUCACAGAAGGUUGCUUGAAACUUUCGGUGUUGAUAUGUCAAAUCCUUCUGCAAGUAGAUCAAUAAUUAAUUUACUCGAGCGCUCAGUAAAUUCUGCAAAUGCCGCAGCUGAUGAUAAUUUGGAUUCUAUUAAUGAUAAUAGUGAUGAUGACGAUGAUGGCGAUGUUGACGAUGAUGUUAAUGAUGAUGACGAUGAUGGAAUUGAUGGUAAUGAAGUUGCCCCUGUACGCUCUUUCGGUCGUAAUCUUCAUAAUAGCCAGUUUCUAAAUAUUUUGCCGGAUGGUUCAUUUUUCCAAGUACCGAAUAGUAGAUCCAGACAAUCAAGUGAUUGGGGAAGAGGGGGUUUCACUGAAAGCCCGUUUUUAAUUUCACCUAAUAUUUCAGGCUGGAGAUUAGAAAGAAUCAUGAGGCCACCUAGGUUUUCCAAUAAAGACACUAGAGGUGAAUUUAGAUCUACAUUCGAAACUUGGACGGAGUUGUAUCGCGCUUUCUUACCAAACGAUACCAAACACGCCGCCUUAUUAAUCAUUCCUGGUGUGGUUGAUUCAAUUUUCGAUUAUAGUAAAAAAUUAAGUGAUGGUAAAAGGGAAAAAAAGAGACAAGAGAAAGAGGCACAGGAAAAGAGAAAGGAAGAAGCAAGAAAAAAGAGAGAGGAGGAGGAAGAACGUCGCAGACUAGAAGAAGAGCAAGCAAAGGCUGAGAUGUCUGUCGAUGCGACAAACGAGCACCCAGAUAUACAAAAUGACAUCAAUACAAGUCCGGUGAUGGUUGAAAUCGGCGGCCGAGAAGUUGAUAUUGCUGGGACCGGUAUUGAUUUAGAAUUUCUUUUAGCUUUACCAUUGGAUAUGAGGGAAGAAGUUUUCGUGCAGCAUAUGAACCAGCAAAGAGAGCAAGAGUCUCAAAGAAGAAUAAGCACCAUGAAUACAACAAUUGAUCCUGAGUUUUUGGAUGCACUUCCAGAUCAACUUCGUGAGGAGAUACUUGCCCAACAGGCAUAUGUUGGUGGUAGCAAUAUUUUUAGUUCAGCGGUAUUGGAGGGUGAUAAUGAAGAAGAAAGCGAAGAAGACGCAACACCAGAUAAUGAUAAUGGAGAUGAAGAUGGUGCGCAGGAGGAAAGCCAAGAAAGUGAGGAAAAAUUAAAAAAGAAAAAGACAUAUUUCACACAAUUGGUUGACAAGGGAGGCGUUGCAGGUAUUUUAAGAUUAGUUUUUCUCAAAGAUGACACAGGCUCCUCAACCUACUACUGUGAGUUGUUACGUUACUUAUGCUAUAAUAAGCAUACGAGAUCAGAAACUGUUUCAUUAUUGCUCUAUAUUCUUCAAGAAGGUAUUAAUGAUAACAAAUCAUUAGAACGUGUUUUUAAUAGGAUUUCAAAUAGAGCGCUCUCUUUGAAUAAUGGAAAUGCUAAAAUCAGCUCCAAUUUGACAGUUUCAGCUUCUUCUGCUCAAGGGACUCUUUCUUCCCAGAAUAAGAAUGUGUCGCUUCAUCUGCUUCCGGUGCACAUCACCCCUGCAAUGGUGGGGAUUACAGUUCUCAAAGUAUUGAACACUUUAUUAAAUGAUUAUCCACAUCUCCGCUACUAUUUUUUGACAGAGCACGAAAGUUCUAUCCAACUUAAAAGGGCUAAUAGAUCAAAAACAAAGUUGAAGGAGUCGCUCUCUGGAAAGGAUAUGAAGUAUCCAAUCAAUAUUCUUUUAUCGUUAAUUGAAAAGCCAAUUGUCAAGAGAGAGCCUAUAUUGAUGUACCUUUUAUCUAAAGCUGCAAAGACAGCCACUAGCUCCUUGGCUAUUAUUGAGAAGGCUAAAGAGAAAGAAAAGUUGAAGGACAUGAAAAUGGAGGAGUCAAAGAAUGGAUAUCGUGAAAAUAGUGAAGGAUCAAGUAUGCCGAAGAGCGAAACAAAAAAAUCUCUAAGGCCAUUUGAUCCUCCAAUCGUAUCAAACUCUACUCUUAGCUCAGUGGUUUCAAUUUUGAUAGCUGGUGAUUGCUCUACUAAAACUUUCCAACAAGCCUUGACAACAUUGAAAAAUCUUUCACUUUUGUCGAACUCCAAACAAGUUUUUACCGCUGAACUAUCUUCGUUUGCAACCUCUGCAGGUAAAUUGCUCGUUUUUGAUCUCAAGGAACUUUCUUUUGCUGUAUCAAGAGCAGAUGAUCCUUCUCUCAUUGAUAGCGAGAUACUCAAUAAGUUUGUAAGCUCAAGUUCAACUCAAAACAAACUUUUGAGGGUCUUAACUGCUCUAGACUAUUUGUUUGAUUCAGAAACCGAAGGUGAAUCUCUCAAAUCUUUGUACGAGAAGAUUGCAUUGGGCCCAUUAUGGGGAAAUCUUAGUGAAUGUUUCCGCGCUAUUGAAAAGAAAAAAGCUCUCUACAACAUUGCAACCGUUUUGCUUCCGUUAAUUGAAAGUCUUAUGGUGGUGUGCAAACACAGCAAAGUGAAAGAUUUGCAGGUCAAGGACACUUUAAAGUAUGAGUCAAAAGUCCCUGAUUUUGCUAAUGAACCAAUUGAAAGCUUAUUUUUCUCCUUCACAAACGAACACAAGGUGAUUUUGAAUGAGAUGAUUAGAAACAAGCCAAAACUAAUGAGCGGCCCAUUUUCUAUGUUGGUUCGUAACCCAAGAAUUCUUGAAUUUGAUAACAAGAGAAAUUACUUUGAAAGAAAGCUUCAAAACAAAAACGCGAAGCCUCGCACAAUGCAAAUCAAAGUUUCUCGUGAAAGAGUAUUCCUAGACUCAUACAGAGCCUGUGCUUUCAAAUCCCCAGAAGAAUUCCGUGAUUCCAAGUUUGAUAUUCUGUUCAAAGGAGAAGCAGGUGUUGAUGCCGGUGGUGUUACAAGAGAGUGGUACCAAGUAUUGGCUCGUCAAAUUUUCAAUCCUGAUUACGCAUUGUUUGUGCCUGUUCCAUCAGAUGAAUCCACAUUCCAUCCAAAUCGUACAUCCUGGGUGAAUUCUGAACAUUUAUCCUUCUUCAAGUUUGUUGGACGCAUUAUUGGUAAAGCUAUCUUUGAUGGGCAGGUUUUGGACGCUCAUUUUAGUAGGGCAGUUUAUAAGUGUCUUUUGGGCAAACCAGUGUCUUUGAAAGAUAUGGAAACUUUAGAUCUUGACUAUGCAAAAUCAUUGAAAUGGAUGUUAGAGAAUGAUAUCACGGAUAUUAUUGUCGAAAAUUUUUCAUUAGAAACUGAAGACUACGGUGAGCACAAAAUUGUUGAUUUGAUCCCUGGUGGAAGAGAUAUCCCAGUAACAGAAGAAAACAAGCAGGAAUAUGUGAAAAAAGUGGUGGAAUACAGAUUGCAGGUCAGUGUUAAGGAUCAAUUGGAUAGCUUCUUGGAAGGCUUCUUCCAAAUUAUUCCAAAAGAUUUGAUUUCCAUAUUUGAUGAACAAGAAUUGGAACUUUUAAUAUCUGGGUUACCAGAUAUCGAUGUUGAUGAUUGGAAAAACAAUGCAAAUUACAACAAUUAUUCACCAUCGACACCUGUCAUUCAAUGGUUUUGGAGAGCUGUGAAAUCUUUUGAUAAUGAGCAAAAAGCAAAACUUCUACAAUUUGUUACGGGUACAAGUAAGGUUCCUUUGCAAGGUUUUGUUGCAUUAGCUGGUGUGAAUGGAAAUCAUAAAUUCAGCAUUCAUAGGGACUAUGGUUCUUUGGAACGUUUACCAAGUGCACACACGUGUUUUAAUCAAUUGGAUUUACCAGCGUAUGAGUCUUAUGAACAACUUCGUGGCUCCCUUUUAUUGGCCAUUACUGAAGGGCAUGAAGGGUUUGGCUUUGCUUGA